AUGAACUUACAAGAGACUGAUUGGGUUCUUCAUCUCGAUGAAGAAACAAUUGUGGACGAACAUACAGUCAAGAACUGUAUAGAUUUUGCUGAACAGCAGGAUCAAUACGACCUUGGUCAGGGCGUUAUCUUUUACAAUGCUUUUGGCUUCUGGCGGCAAACGUUGAUAACCUUUGCAGAUAUUGUGAGAGCCCGGGAUGAUCUUGGCAAGUUUUAUUUUGCGCACAAUUAUUUUCACGUGCCUGUCUUCGGAAUUCAUGGUUCUUUCCUUUUCAUCAACGGGAAAUUGGAAAAUCAAAUCGGCUGGGAUACUGAAUCUCUUGUUGAGGACUUUUGGUUCGGAAUACAGGCUUGGAAUAAAGGUUACAAGCUAGGUUGGAUCCGUAGUAUUGCUCGAGAGCAAUCUCCUAUGACGGUGCUAGACCUCUGCAAACAACGUCGUCGUUGGUUUUCAGGCAUGCUACAACUUCCUGGUAUCUGGGGUAGAUUGGCCUGUCUCCAGUGGUGCCUCUCAAGUGUUGGAGCAACAGUAAUGUGA